AUGUCUACGCGCAAGAGGAAGCAAGAAGCCGAAGACGAGGAGGAGCUGCAAGCUCUUCCCAGUGACGAGAGCGAGGAGGAAGAGGAGUACCAAUCCUCCGAUGCUGAGGGAGACGACUAUGACGACAGUGAAGAAGGCUCGGAAGAAGAGGAAGAGGAAGAAUACGAUGAAGAUGAAGGUGGAGAAGAAUCCAAGGAAAACGCCCCAGCUCCUAAAAAGCGCAAAACCGCCCAUGAUGACAAAGCCGAAGACCAAGAAGACGACGACGAAGACGGCGCCGGCGAAGAAUACGACGAAGAAGACGAUGAAGGCACAAACGACACCGCCGACAAGUCUGGAUCAGCUCAAGCCGCGAAGAAGGGUAAGGGUGGUGAUGUGCCCCAGGAAGAUGAUGUGUCGGAGGUGGAGGAUGAGGAUUGA